AUGACUCAGCCCCCUCUUAACCACUGCCACACUCAUGACUCCGCCCCUCUCACCACUGCCAUACUCAUGACUCCGCCCCCUCUCACCACUGCCAUACUCAUGACUCCGUCCCCUCUCACCACUGCCACUUAUGACUCCGCCCCUCCCACCACUGCCAUACUCAUGACUCCGCCCCCUCUCACCACUGCCAUACUCAUGACUCCGCCCCCUGUCACCACUGCCAUACUCAUGACUCCGCCCCUCUCACCACUGCCACACUCAUGA